GGUGGGCAGCUUAGCUGGGUGUCUUGCCGGCGGGGUCCUGGCGUGACCUCUGCGGGGUGAGGUGUGCGCCGGUAGGAGCCGGCGCGCGGUGGUGCCUGGCGGGCGCUUGGCCGCCGCGCGGAGGCGGCCGGGCCGGGCGGCGGCGGAUUUAUGAGCUCGGAGCAGGGCCAGGCCAGGCCGGGCCGGGCGGCUGAGCGGCGGCGGCGGCGGGCGGGGGCGGCUGGAGCACCAUGGGUGUGAUAGGUGUACAGUUGGUGGUUACCAUGGUAAUGGCUAGUGUGAUACAGAAGAUCAUACCUCACUAUUCUCUUGCUCGUUGGCUUCUCUGUAGUGGCAGUUUACGAUGGUAUCAGCAUCCUACUGAAGAAGAACUGCGGAUUCUUGCAGGAAAACAAAGAGGGAAGAGUAAAAAAGAUAGAAAAUAUAACGGUCAUAUUGAAAACAAGCCUCUAACCAUUCCAAAAGACAUUGAUCUUCAUCUGGAAACAAAGUCUGUGACUGAAAGGGACACUCUAGCAUUGCAUUAUUUUCCUGAAUAUCAGUGGUUGGUGGAUUUCACUGUUGCAGCUACAGUUGUCUAUGUGGUGACUGAAGCCUAUUACAGUAUUGUGAAGCCCUCACAAGAAAUGAAUAUCAGCAUAGUGUGGUGUCUGCUUGUCUUGGCCUUUGCAGUUAAGAUACUGUUUUCAUUGACCACCCAUUAUUUCAAAGUAGAGGAUGGAGGUGAAAGAUCAGUGUGUGUCACCUUUGGCUUUUUCUUCUUUGUGAAAGCAAUGGCAAUUCUGAUUGUGACAGAAAAUUAUCUAGAAUUUGGACUGGAAUCAGGAUUCUCAAAUUUUUCAGAAAGUGCUAUGCAGUUUCUUGAAAAGCAGGGUUUGGAAUCCCAGGGUCCUGUGUCUAAACUAACCUUCAAAUUGUUCCUGGCUGUUCUGUGUUCACUUAUUGGUGCUUUUUUGACAUUCCCUGGCUUGCGACUGGCUCAAAUGCAUCUGGAUGCUCUGAAUUUAGCAACAGAAAAAAUAACACAAACAUUGCUACAUAUAAACUUCUUGGCGCCUUUACUUAUGGUUCUACUGUGGGUAAAACCAAUCACUAAGGACUACAUUAUGAACCCACCUUUGGGCAAAGAGAGUGUUCCUUUAAUGUCAGAAGAUAUGUUUGACACCAUGCGGUUGUGGAUUAUAAUCCUGUUGUGUGCUUUACGGUUGGCUAUGAUGCGCAGUCAUUUACAGGCCUACCUGAAUUUAGCACAGAAAUGUGUGGAUCAGAUGAAAAAGGAAGCUGGCAGAAUAAGUACAGUUGAUUUACAGAAAAUGGUGGCUCGGGUUUUCUAUUAUCUUUGUGUUAUUGCACUGCAGUAUAUUGCACCGUUGGUAAUGCUCCUUCACACAACUCUGCUAUUAAAAACACUAGGUAACUAUUCUUGGGGCAUCUAUCCAGAAUCUAAUUCUGACACUCCAGUAGAAAACAGUCCACUUCCCAGUUCGGUUUAUUCUGAGUCUCCAUCUGCUGAUGGAAAGAUGAAAGUAACUGUAGUACAGAUAACAAUGGCUUUGGGAAGCCUAAAGAAUAUUUUCACUCCUCUCCUGUUCCGGGGACUCCUGUCUUUCCUCACCUGGUGGAUUGCUGCUUGCCUCUUUUCCACGAGCCUUUUUGGGCUUUUCUAUCACCAGUACCUGACCGUGGCGUGAACUGAGCAGCUGGCAGAGCAAGUGUGAGGUCAAAUUCUAGAUACAAACCCAGGUACCCAAGAGGAGAUGAAGAAAAAAGAAAACUAUAUAUGAAGAGAAAACAUAUCAGAAUUUAUUCUUAAACACUUCCUCUGCGUUCUCAGGGUGAAUAUUCUUACAAUGUUUAAAAUCAGAACUGGGUUUGUUACUGUUGUUACCCGAAUGGUAGGUAACUCAUCGAAUUAUGGUUUGGGGACUGACUAACAUUAUUGUGUGGCUGGUAUCAGUGGGCAUGUUGAAAAGAUAACACCUUUGAGUAUGUUGGUUUCCACAAACAGCAAGCCACCCUCAAAACUUUGUAUUUCAAGAAUCGGAGUCAGUGUCUGAACUGUGCUACUAGGGUGCUGGCUCUGCUGAUGGUGGCUGCCUACUGAGUAAAAUCUUGAAACUGAGCCAUAAGGUGAAAGGGGAGGGGGAGAGGAGAUGAAAAGAAAAACUUCUGUUGGAAAGCUAUUGAUCACUUUUCCCCAUGGAAGAUGAAGUAAUCCAACAGGACAGGAGAGAUACUGUAUAUUACAGUAAAGAAAGUUAUAUAACAUUUAAAUUUAGCAUAGGAAGCGAUGUGUAGAUCGGGCAGGUAUUGCUGCCUAAAUAUAUGCAGGAGUGCUUGUGCAGUGGGAGAGGUGUUAUAAAAAUAUAUAUUUUUGCAGUCCCUGCAGUCAUUUUGAAGUACUGGCCGUGUGUAUUGGUGCUAAUAUUGAUCCACAGAUUCCAUUUGGGUCUUUUAAAUUUCUUCUUUUCAGGUAAUAGAUAAAUUCCAUUGAAUUCACAAAAUAAUUGAAGUAGAUUAGUGAUACCAGUCAAACAUUUCAAAACAAACCAGUUUAAUCCUGCUGACUGAGAGUGUAUGUAUCUGUGUAAUGUACAUAUAAAUAUAUAUUAUAUAUUAAAUAUAUAAUAUAUAUAUGAAACCUAUAAAAUAUUGAAUCUUUAUUUUAAAUUACUGAAUGUAUGUUACAAGGCAGUGGGACAGGGAUAUAUGUGUAUCUAGUAAUUUCAAGAUCCCUUUUGAAAUGAAAAUUAAAAUUUUUUUGAAAGUUCAGUUUGAAAGGGCUAUUUGUUUUUGGUGCCUCUACAAAGGUACUUAACUAUACUAACUAACUUUUGCUAUUUUCGAAGAAAAGAUCCACUUAAACUGUUGAAAUUUCUGCUCUGUCAGAUCAUCAUCUUUUGCCAGAUUAAUCUUUAACUUGGCCAUAUAGUAACGACUAAUGUCUUUUUGGCUUCAGAAAUAGAUUUUCUGUACAAUAAAACAGAUAUAGUAAGGAGGAGCAAAGCAUCGACAUUACAAGUUUUGUUUAGUUGAUAGGAUAGAUACUAAGUAUAGAAACAUUGGGAAGCAAACUAGAAUGACAAUGUUUCGGAUGUUUUCUGUAAUCAGAAAACAGGAAUGGAAACUUAAAUGGAGUAGCUUUUUUUUAAUAAGCUGAUGGGAGUUCUUGGUGUUUUUAAUAUUGCCUAUUUUUUAUGUUACUGUUCUUUUUCUCUUGAAACUGUGUAAAGCUUUGGCAUAUAAUAAGCAUUUAUAAAUGGAAAAGCUUAACAAGUAUUUAAUCUGUUGCAAACCUACCGUAUGGGAAAACAAAGUGUCAAUGGAUGCAGAAAGUUAAGGAUGUAAGUUGGUGAUAACUGUCCUGCUACUUUGAAAGCCUUUAAAGUUAUUUAUUAGUUUAUUAAAUUGCAUUUACUGAUACUGGGAGAAGGCUUGCAUACACCAGCUAGUACCUAGUGCAUGCGUUUGGGAUAUCUGAGAACACCUUGCAUGAUUCUAGCAGUUUCAUUGCAGUAUAGUAUUUCAGUGCUACUGGUGCUGCAAGCUUCAUUUUUUACACCAGCUUUUCAUAACUAAUGGUGACGAAGGCUUGGCUGUAUGAAUUGGCUAAAUAAUAUUUUACUUCAGAGAUUCAAAUCUUGAAACAUUCCCAGGAAAUGUCAAUUCAGAUUAGUAGAAUGUUAAAAUAUGACAGGUUCAGCAGUACUGGACCUGCUUUCUGUUAGUUUGAGAUAUUAAUUACAUUACUAAUCAUAUAAGGCCAGGUUUUUAAGUGGUUAUAGUUAGGCAUCCAAGUUUUGUUCAGCGAAAAUACCCACAAUAUAGUGCAGUUUUAUUCUGAUUGUGAACUUUGCCCAGAAAGCUCGUUAGAUUAGAUGUAACCUAUCAUUGCAAUCUGAAGGAUAGAAAUGAACUGUAGAUACUGGAGAAAAUUUCAAAAUAAUGUUAGGAAAGCUACUUUUCUGUUAAGAGAUACGGUUUCUGUUGCUAUAGACUUUUUAUUUUGAAAGCUCAUAAUUGAAAACAAGCUGUAUUUAUAUAAAAUCAGCAAGUUUUCAGCAAUUCAGCAAAGGUAGUUGAUUGUGUUGUAGUUGAGCCUAACUGAACUUUUGAUAAGUAUAUAUGCUGUCUUAUUCUUCAGAGGUCAUGCUGAUCAUACUGCAAAUACGCACCUGGAUGUUGCUGACAUUAAGAUCAUCACUUCUGGCCAUUGCUGCUCCACAGAACUUAAUCGUUGACCUUCUGGUCAGAAGUUGGAUCUGAGUAGGAGAUGGUCGGUCUUUGGAUUCAUUUAAUCCUUACAUGAGUCCAGGAGGCUUAUUUAAAAACUACAAUGUAGCAAUAAACGUCUUUGAAAUGUGAGGUGACACAGGAAUUAGAGGGAGAAUACUGCUCUGAUGGUGAGCAGUACUUUGUACAACUGCCUGAUAUGCUCAGAAGUGACUUGCAAAGAAAAAUAGCAGGCUUGAUAGUCCUGACUUCACAUAUAUUAUGUAAGCUUCAAAGAAGUAUCUGCUCACUUCUUUAGUAAGUUACUUUAAAACAGCAGCCAGCAAAUGCGUUUUUCUUUCAGAACUUUAUCAGCACAAGGCAGGGAGAGGGAAGUAGCUUACAGAAAUGAAAAAGCAGGUAAAACCUGAUUCAGAAGGUGGUAGUUUUUAUUCAGGAUUCUUAAGCAGUUUGUUUUGCUUUUUCCCCCACUGCUUGCUUAAUUUCUUAGAAUUUUUAAAAGAAAAGAUGCCUUUGUCAAAGAAUCGACAUUUCUUCCUUCCUUCCUCCAUUUCAGUCUCCCUUUCUCCCUCCAGUAAUGUGCUUGUUAGCCUGACUCUCUUUCCUAUCCACAGCUUUCUCUAAGUUAGGAACUCAUUGUGGUUUAGAACUGACCUGGCUAAAUUAAAUUCUAUUUUGAUUUUCAUUGUUUUGGUUUUGAUUUAAAUUAAUCUGUCUGUGAAGGAUUAGUUCCUUCAAACAGUUUAAAUAACUUUGAAUUCUAGCUGAAAUAUGAAUAGCUAAACACAAACUUGUUAUCGGUUGGUUACACACUGCACUCCGAUUUAUAGCGGAAGUCCCUUUAGACAAAGUAUUAGGAUAGCGAUAAAUCCAAGUCUUCCAGCAAGAUUCAGGGAAGGCCAAACAUAAUCCUGGCUAUUUCUGAGCUUAGAGAAAAUGAUUAGGAAGAAGAGAAGGGAUUGCAACAAGCCUGUUCUUUCACUUUGUGGGCACUUUUCAGUAUUCUCAGGUAGCACAUGUCCUCUUUUGAUACCUUACCAAGCCUUAGGGUUUCCUAGUUGUUGAAGGGACUGUGAUAAAUUCAGCUGCAUGGUUUUUUUUCCUAUUUAUUUGUCUUUCUGAUCUCUCUUGCGUAAGAAUCAACAGAUAAAGCAACAAGUGAAAAAGCAAGUAGUAUCUCAGUGCAAGGGAACAUCCCUGUACAGAAGGACAUGCUUUAGAAAAUUCAUUUAUAUGGCAGUUGUUCUUCAACUUUUUGGUCACAAAUACUGGAAGACAUGAGAGCAGAGAUGCCUGUUUUCCCAGAUUAUAAAGUCAAACUCAUCUGUGAACAAAAAUGCCAUCGAGAUGUAUCAACAUUGCAGUUAGCUAACAUAACUUCAGAAUGUAAUGUGGUUAGUGAGUACAGAAAUUCUAACUAACCUCACAGGAAUAAUUAAAAGUUUUGCACUUUGUCACAGUAACUACAGCUAACUGCUAAUAGAGGUCUUGGAUUUAAUGCAUAAAAAAUAAUAAAAGUAUAUAGUCCUGAAACCUGUUAUUUAAGUCUUAGAUAUGUUGGAAAGCUCUACAAAGUAGAAGGCCUUAUACCUUUUUAUUCUUAAAGGCCUCCCUUUUCCUGUUGAACAUUAACCUGGUCUUCCUGAGAAGAUUUUUGACCAGAUACAAAAUGCUAUACUUCAUGUUUUGAAAUACGACACAGUUUGUGCAUUUAUUUGUUAGUUGGAAAAACUAAAUUCAACCUCACACUUAAUUUUGUCCCUACAAAGUUACUGAAAUAUUUUACUUAAGAUGAAAAAAUUAAGUGCACAGUAAAAAUGGAAAAUCUUGAAUAAAAACGAGGCCAAAGAAAAUAGUGUGUUCUGUUGGAGAAAUCUUUCUGUUAUGUCUGAGUAAAAUCUUAACAGAGGAAGGCAACAGCAGGUCACUUGUAUCCUAAAUCAAACAUUAAAGGUGAAUGUUUACCAUAAUGAGUAAGACUUAUUUUCAGCAUCUGCAGCCUAAGUCUUAAAUCCCAAAUGAUAAAUUAAGAGCAGUAUUUUGACCAUACUGAUACUUACUCCAGAGAAGGUACAGGCAGCAAGUAUUGCAGCCAAAUGCUAGAUAUAGUUAAGCAAGCUGAUGUAGGGUAUCAGUCUAUACUUCAGAAUUACAUUUGUGCAACUUUUACUUUAAAAAGGUCUGCCAUGCUUUGGGGCUUUGGCAGUGCAUGUGCUGAAGUUGGUGGCAUAUCUAAUCUUCAUUCCUAAUAUUAGACAGAAAGGUCUUCAUCCUCUGUGGGGGAGAUGGUGAGGCCAAGAUGUUACUCGAAGGCUGCUUUUACUGACAUCUGUAUAUGCUGUACUUAACUUUUUGAAGUAUCCCAUGUUGACUGCCAGGAGAGUAAUGCUACACUGGACAUUGUUUUGCAUGCCAGUGUGUAUGUAGUUUUAUACCUUGGUUUCAAUGGCAUUUUUAAUGGAAAUUAUUUUUAAUUCUGAUAUCAUGGAUCACCUUUUCAUUUUUUUAAUUAAUAUCAGUGCCUGCAACUAGAACUCAAGUAUUUCUACAUUCAGAUUUUUUUAAAACUUGAUAUUCAUACUGAAGUGUUACCAAGUAUGCAGUUUUAUAUUGAAGUGUGGUAUCAACCUGUAAAUACCAGACCUUUUUCAGAUCACACAGCAGUCAAGAUUAAAGGAGGAAAUUCAGAUUUGCAGUAUUUCUCUCAACAACAUGCUAUCCUUAUGACUCUGCUAUUUAGAAAACUCUAAUGUUUUAAAGAGUAGCUUUUUUCAAACUUCUUAGUAGUUAGCUAUUUUUUAUUUUAUGAUGCUGCUAAGUCUGUUUUAAACCUGACUUAAAAUAUCUUGUACUUAAAAUCAACCUCUUUUCUCUUCUGUUCUUUGUAACUUUGCUUUCCUCUUAUGUUCUAAGUUUCAAGAAUGCAUAUUUACAGUAUUUUUGAUAAAAGGCUAGGAUGAAGAAAAAAUGCACCAAAAAUUCUAUUUUGUAAACACAAUUCAUGCCCAUGUCAUGAUGUGCCAACUAAUUGUUUUUCCUGUCUUCAGUCAUGCCUUUGUCCUAUUGUUAAUGAUCUUGCAUGUUUUCAGUAUGCAAGUUUUUCUAGGAAGAAUGUAGGUGGGGAAACAGUCUGUAAAUAGCAAUCAUAGGAAACUUAAUCUAUUGUUUCAGUUUUUCCAUCCAUUGAACAAAUAUUAAUGUAAAUAUGCUAUUAAAUAAUUUAAGCCUAAAAUUUCUCUUAAGGUAGACUUGUUAUAAAUUGCACAGGGUACAUGCUCCAGGCUGUAAAUAUUUUACUUUAAAUAUGUCUCUCUGUUGCUGGGAACAUACAUAAAUUCAGUGUUGUUAUUCUAUUGUUAAUGGUCUUUUUUUGUCUUUUUAAGCAAAGAACACAUAACACUUCCUAUUCUAGAUCAAACCUAAGAACAAAGGGCUCCUCUCCCUUCAUUUCAAAUGGGAAGGACUCUGAUUUUAUUUAUGUAAAUUAUAACUUCUUGUUUCUGCUAAAUUGCUGUAAAAAAUGUGGUUUUUAUAGUUCCAGUUUUACAAGUAUUAAGACUGGCAUGCUUCACAGUGAAGAUGAUAUCAAAUGGAUAUUGCAUUAUAAACACUUGUUCUGACUAGGGUUGCGUCACCUACGAUUUUAAAACAAAUCUUGUUUGUGCUAUGCUUUAGAGGCUCAUUGGAAGUUAUGAACAGGAGAGAGCAACCUCUGUCGGAAAAGCCGCGGAGCUGUUGGAUUUGGAGUUGGGGUUUUGUGUUUUUGUUUGUUUUUUUUUGUUUGUUAAGCUAGUGUGGACAAUACUUAGGUACAAUUACUACCAAUAAUAAACAACCUACAGAAAAGUUACAGUCUUUGUGUACAUCAUAGACUAAAGUGCCUCUAGAUGGUCUCUAGAAGGCAUUUUAAAUUCGUGCACCUACCUUUGUAGUUACCUUGCUAAGUAACAGGAGGUUGUCUUUGGAAAAGAAAAAGCAAGUGACUGCUAGACCUAAAAAUGGGGCUUGCUUUGAAACUGUUGUUUUCCUAGUUUUCUGUAUAUAGAAUGCGCAUAUGUGUUACGGGUUAUUAUGCGUUAGUGGCAAAUAGGAUAUUGUAGAAAUGUUUAAUUUAGUUCGUAUUACUUUAGUGAUAUUCUAACAGCUGUGCCCACUACCUUUUUGGUAACUUAACACCCCACUUCCACCUACAUAUUAGGCUUUCUUCCAUUUUUUGAGUCCGAAGGACUUGCACAGCUUUGGAAGGGCUGGCUUUGACAAAAUUUUGUAGUGGCAGCCUUGAUGUUGCAUAUACCUCCAUUCUGCAAGCUCAUAGGUAACUUUAGCCCGGUAAGUAGUUCUGCUUGAGCUCGGAAAGACUGAAGUUCACCACAUCCAAAGGGAUGCGGGGCACAAAGUGUAUGAAAGAGCCGGAUUGUAACAUAGCUGCCUGGGACUGAACAAAGGGGAUCCAAAACAGAAAGCACAAAUUAUAAGUUGUAUCGGUUUUUUAGAAUGCUAUAGGGUAUCAAAUAGCAAAACCUUCCCUACUUUUCAACUACUGUUUUUUUUUUUUUUCUGGAGAAUGGUAUGAACUGAAGAUGAAAUCGACUGUUCUGAUUCAGCAGGAAAAAAGUGAUGAAACAGUAGGUGUCUACUCUCGAAUUAAUUAUGCAUUCUAAAUGUGAAGUGCUUGUAAAUUGAGUUAUUAAUUUAAAUCUACCAAAGGAAACCUUCUUAAAGGAAGACUUAUAAAAACACAUUGGGCUUUAAGUUCUAAAAAGUGGCUUUAGCAAUCUGUACUGUAUAUAGUACACUGGGAAAACUUGCUCUAGUAAGCUUACUAAACGUUUCUUUGCACUAUGCGUAAGAAAUUAUGUUGCUUAUUAUUUUACUGUAGAGCAUUUAAGAAGCUGCUUUUGUCUUGCUUAGUGUUAGUGUAUGUCAGUCAGCAGUUUACUAAUGUUGGCAAAAAUAGUAAGAGUUAGUUUGUAAUCCAGAAAAUCAAAAAUCCUUUAAUGGCAUUAAAUGCUGCAAAGUGAGAAGAGAUUAUACUUUUUUUUUUUAUCCCCCUAGGCAUUCUGUUGAGAUGUUGUAAUUUAACUUUGUUUUCUUUAUAAAGCACAGAUUAUUUAAAUGAAAUUUAGGUUAGUUAGGUACUAAUGGUAUUACCACACUGACUUUAAGAGAAGCUCCAGAUAUUUGCUGUGUAUCAACUCCCCCGUCAAGGCGCUUGGCUUUGUAAAGCAUUGAUCUGUGAGGCAUUUCACGUCUACAGCAGUGAUGAUGACACAAUAUUUUAGCAACCGUACACCUACUCUGCAUGCAUUGCAUUUGAGCACUGUAAAAUGAUGGUUUAAACUGUUUUAUAGCACUUAUUCUAGGUUUAAAAAAGCUUCCAUUAUUUUAGACAGUAUUUCCCUUAUUCAAAGUAAGACAGCUUCUAAAGCUGAAGGAUCAAUAAAUGGUUAUUGUA